AUGCUCUCGCCAGAGCCAGACGAGACGAUUGUGUUCUCCAACCCUUUGCUGUGGCUUGCCAGAAGCAAGCUGGAGAUUUUGCUCGUGCUCCUGAAUACAGACGAGCUGGCGCGAGGACAGGCUUUGCUGCGGGAGGCCUUGGCUGGAGACACGAACUUCACGUUUCCUCCUGAAAAUGGGCACGAUGCGUCGUUGCCGCUCUUCGCCUUGGGCAGCGCGUGGCUGCGUCUCCCUUCGCAGGGCUCGCUCUCUCCCGACACCUGCUGUCAUUUUGGAACAGCUUUUGCCAAAAACCUGGAAUUCUCAGCUUAUUACAGGAGCGCUUUCCUGGCUCCGGAAGAGGAAGAACUGGUGGCCAUGGAGGUGGGUUCACCUCCUCUCCCGAAAAAAAGUGCUCCCGCCGGGCAGCUGGAUCAACCCCCCACCAGGAUAGGGACCAAACUGUCUCCUGAGCCGCCCGGGAGCAAACCAGAGCCUCAGGACUCCAAAGCCCAGAACCUUACGACGUGCGAAGUGUGCGGCGCCUGCUUCGAAACCCGCAAAGGCUUAUCCAGCCACGCCCGUUCUCACCUACGACAGCUCGGCGUAGCCGAAUCGGAGAGCAGCGGGGCUCCCAUCGAUUUGCUUUACGAACUGAUGAAACAAAAAGGCAAACCCGACGGCAGCCCCAUGUCUCCCGCCCUCGGCAAAAAAUCCGGUUCCCCCAAAGACGCCACCGCCGGUUCCCCUCGACCCACGCUCCUGGCGCUCGGCAAGGCCGGCGAUCGCCUGGCGGACGGUCCCGUUAAUAAAGCUAUCAAAUCCCCUCCCGGCUUCUCAAAAAACCUCUCCCAACCAGGAUCCCCCAUCCUUAAGAAGGUGCCGCCCGCUCUUUCGGGGUCCCCGUCUCCGAAAAACCCCGAGGAGAAGAGCUCCAAGCUCUCGCUGAGCCCUCUGCAGAGCUCCCCAAAAGCACAGUGGCCGCAGGCGGAUGAGGAAGGACCCCUCAAUUUAACCUCGGGGUCGGAGCCGGUGCGAGAUAUCCGCUGCGAAUUUUGCGGCGAAUAUUUCGAGAACCGCAAAGGUUUGUCCAGCCACGCUCGAUCUCACCUCCGACAAAUGGGGGUGACCGAGUGGUCGGUCAACGGUUCGCCCAUCGACACGCUACGGGAGAUCCUCAAGAAGAAAUCCAAACCUUGCGUUAUCAAGAAGGAACCGCACACCUCCAGCAUCGAACCCCCUAAAUCCAUCGGGGAGGAAGGAACGGAUCCCAAAUCUCCCGGAAAAAUCCUCCAGGGCAUGGCUCUGCCUCCCCUGGGCGGGCGGACGGGGAAACCCAGCCCCGGCGCUUCCACCUUGAACCGGGAGAUCUCCUUGUCGCCUCUCACCAGCAAACCCCAGGGCAGUUUCCUGACGCCGUUGUCCGCCAAACGACCGUUGCAGGACGAUCGCUUGGGUCCUCACGCCGAAGUCAAGCACAAGGCCUACAUCCAGACCGAGCUGCCCUUCAAAACCAAGUCCGUGCACGACAAACCCGCCCACACGUCCAGCGAAGCCUGCUGCGAGCUGUGCGGCCUCUACUUCGAAAACCGCAAAGCCUUGGCCAGCCACGCGCGGGCGCAUCUCCGGCAAUUCGGCGUCACCGAAUGGUGCGUUAACGGUUCGCCUAUCGAGACCCUCAGCGAAUGGAUCCGACAUCGACCCCAAAAAGCCGGCGCUUACCGUAGCUACAUCCAAGGCGGACGACCCUUCACUAAGAAAUUCCGUAACUCUUCCCACGCCCGGGAUCACGACGGCGGCGCUCGACGGAUGCCGCUCAGCCUUCAAGCCGGCGGCGUGACCCUUCUGAGCAAAGGAUUGACGGGAGAUUUGGCUCACGGCGAUGCCGGAAAAAUCCUGGAUGGGGGAAGCAGCGGUGAGCGGCCCAUGAUCACUUCUCCCCUCUCGUUGGUGAAGGUGGAGGAACAUCAACGCUCGAACAUCAACAGGCAGCCGCCGCCGCGGAUGAGGCCGGUGCCUUCCCUGGUCCCCCCCCCGCCGCAAACCUCCUUGGUGAAGUUCGUGGGGAACAUCUACACCCUCAAAUGCCGGUUCUGCGAGGUGGAAUUCCAAGGUCCCCUCUCCAUCCAGGAGGAAUGGGUACGGCAUCUCCAACGACACAUCCUGGAAAUGAAUUUCUCCAAAGCGGAUCCUUUACGGGGCGAAGAUCCCCCCCCACCCGAACCCCCCACCCUCGCCGAGGCUCAGUAA